GUUUUGUAUUUCUGUUUUUCGGGAUAAACCGUAAAUAAUGUCAAAUUCUGGUGUCAGGUUUUGUCUCACUGUACCUAAAUCACUGAAACAUGCAAAAUAUUCUGACGAUGCCUAUCAAGUACGUGUUGUCAAUAGAUUGGCUGAAUGUUUUAAAGCUUCAUUAAUGGAAAAUCGUUUGAUGUCUACUUUCAUUCCUCACGAUAAUAAGCCACUGAACAUUGAAUGUGAUGAUUUACCAACAUUUACACCAUGUUGCGCAUUGCAUGAAAUAUCAACGACUGAUGUAUCUCAUCAUUGCAAUCAUUCUACCCAUUUUGUAUUGAUACACAUACCGAAGUUAUGGCUAAAACAAUGUGCAUCAUUAUUAAGACCAGAUAUGUCAAUCAAUAAACAAGAACUUAAUAACUGUGUUGAAAAGUUAACUAAUGGACAAAGUGCUUGGCUUGCUGAAUUGGCUAUUCGUAGUUUAAUUCUAUCCAGAUUACAAGUGGAAAGCCUCAUAAAUGACUUAGAUCUCCCACCAAAUUUAAUGGAUAAUAUCGAUGAUCAGAUAUCGUCGAAUCGUUCUGCUUUAUUCACUUUGGAAUGUUUAGGUCUAAUAACCGAUUUAAUAAGAAGUCAUGAUAAAAUAGAAAGAAGAUCCAUUUGGAAAGAUUAUUUUGCCACUAUACAUUUUUUUCCAAAUUCUGAAAAGUUACGCCAAUACUUUGGUGAUUCAAUUGGUUUCUAUUUUGUAUGGAUGAAAUUAUAUUGUAUGUAUUUAGUAUGCCCGUUAAUUGGUGGACUAUUCUGUCAAAUGUUUAAUUAUCUGAAUGAACAGUUGUUCGACGACAAACAAGUAUCUCUAGUAAUACAUUUAGUUUAUACAAUUUAUAUUAUUAUCUGGGCUGUUGUCUGUACUAAACUAUGGCAACGUGAGUAUAUUUCAUGUGUUGACAGAUGGUCGGGGAAUGCAUUAAUUGAAUUAGCUGCAAAUGAUUUAGUAUGGUUGUUUAAUUUAAUUGAUCAAAGACCAAAUUUUCAUGGUAUUUGGAGAAAAAGUCGUGUCACUGGUCUAAUGGAAUUACACUAUCCCGCAAGUAAACGUCGUCUGCGUUAUUUGGUGUCAGGUUGCAUUACAUUGAUUUGUUUAUUCUGGGCAGUGUUCAUUAAUAUUUCAUUGUUGAACAUGGAAGGUUUUAUUGUAGCAGAAAAAUCACCAUGGUUUCAUAUUGGGUGUGUGAGUCAAUUCGCAGAACCUGGUGCAAUAUUUGAUUCAACUGCCGAUGGAAUAUUACCUUAUGUUCCAGGAGUUUUACAUUCUUUGAUAAUUUUUGUUAUGAAUCAAAUGAUUUUUCGCGUAAUUGCUGAACAUUUGACUGAAUGGGAGAAUCAUUCCACUAAUGAAGCCUAUGAACGUGCAUUAAUUAUAAAGCGUUUCUUAUUCGAAUUAGUUGAUGCUUAUGGGAGUUUAGCAUAUUUAGGCUUCAUACUUGCUGAUCGUAUGGCCUUACGUUCACUAUUACUAACAAUGUUUGCUACAGAUUCAGUGAGACGUUUAACACUAGAAUGUAUAAUCCCAUAUCUACUCUAUCGAUUUCGUGCAUGGAAAGAAAAGCAAGCGGUUGGCUUAUUGAAACGUUCCACUGACGUAUCAACCAAUAAUCAAAUUCGUGUUGAACGAGAAUUAUGCGCUGAUGUCUAUGAAUCCUUUGAUGAUUACUUAGAAAUGGUUUUACAGCAUGGUUAUCUUGUCUUAUUCGCGUAUACAUCACCAUUAUUUAUUACAAUCUUAGCUAUAUUAUGCACAUUUUUUGAAGUACAUUUUGAUGUUUUUAAACUUUUUUGGGUAACCCAGUGUCCUAAAUCAAAUUUAUUAGUAAGAGGACAGUCUAUCUGGUUACUGUUAUUAGGUGUACAAGCUUGGCUAUCUGUGUUGACAAAUGCUGGAUUAUUGAUUUCUGAAAUCGAUCGAUUAGAAAUACUCACUACACUUUCAACUAGCGCCAUUUUUCUAAUAUUUGAACACUGUCUUAUCUUUACUGCAUUGUGUAUACACUUUUUAAUAUCUGAUGUACCAGCCAAUGUUCGUGAUGCUAGACUAGCUAGAGACUUUGCCAGAGUACGUUUAUUACAUAAUAUAAAAGAGUGAAUGAUGUGUGUUUUCUUGAGGUAGAACAAAUCUUUAAAACAUGAUACAACUUGUCUAUCAGUUAACCGAACAGUCAACUCCUUCUCAGAUAUCCUCAUAUUAUCUUAUUAUUACUUUUACUUUCAAUUAGUACAACGAUGAUCCGACGUUUAGGAUAGUGUUAACUAACUUUCCUUAUGUACUACUUUUCUAUAUAUAUAUAUAUAUAUAUAUAUAUAUAUAUAUAUAUAUGACAGUGAUAUCUGGGAUUUUUCUAAUACUCUUUCUGUGUUUUGUGCAUGCUUAUGAAACACUGAUUUAGUUUGUUUAACUUUAUCUUUAAAAUAAUUUAUCGUUCCUUUUUUUUCUCCCAAUGGAAUCUUAUAUUGAUCAUGACAUUUUCAAUAUUCAGUUAGUUCUGUUUUCUAUCUCACAAUCAGCAUGUGUAUCCACAAUUAUAUGAAGCAUACGUAGUAUAAUUUUU